AAGAAGGUCUUCCUUUGCAUAUUUCAGGUCUCACCCAAAGGCAGAACCAGGAUGAAGAUGAAGAGGGGGCACAGACUGGUCAUCCCAGAAAUCCGACCCAUGUUGCUCCAUGUCCUGGGGGACCCUCUGGGGGAAGAGCCCAAUGAGGCAAACCUGGUGCCAGGACCCCUUCCAGGACUUCAUGUCCCCACUGACAUUCUGGGGAAAGAGCUCAAUGAGGAAACCUCAAUGCUAGGAUCCCUUCCAGAACCUCGCAUCCCCACAGAUAUUCUGGAGGAAAAGCUCAAUGAGGAAACGUCGGUGCCAGGAUCCCUUCCAGAACCUCACGUCCCCACUGAUAUUCUGGAGCAAGAGCUCAAUGAGGAAAUGUCGGUGCCAAGAUCCCUUCCAGAACCUUGCAUCACCAAUGACAUUCUGGGGGAAGAGCCCAAUGAAGCAACCUUGGUGCCAGGACUCCUUCCAGGACUUCGUGUACCCACUGACAUUCUGGGGAAAGAGCUCAAUGAAGCAACCUCAGUGCCAGGAUCCCUUUCAGGACCUCGCAUUUCUACUGAUAUUCUGGAGGAAAUGCUCAAUGAGGAAACCUCAAUGCCAGGAUCUUUUCCAGGACCUCGCAUCCACAUUGAUAUUCUGGAGGGAGAACUCAAUGAGGCAACUUUAGUGCCAGGAUCCCUUCCAGCUUCUCAUGGCCCUGCUGCAUGUCUCCGCCCCCCUGGGUCUGGUUCAUUAUUAUCUUCUGCCUCGCUGGAAGUUGGCUCCAUCCCACCCUCCACCUCUACCUCUUCCCUCCUCCUGCAUCCCUCUUCCCCUCCUCCUCCUUCCCCACAUCCUCUAGAGCUGGAACAAUGUAAAAUGUAAAAGAAACUCUGCAGAGUUUGAUGGAUUUGCAGUUCCAUCAUCUGAAUGACCGCCAAAGACACCUCCGCAUCUGCCAGGAAUGUUUGCAAAACCUCAAGGCACUGAGGGGAGAGCUCCGAAGACUGCAGAGCAGACUGGCAAGUGUGGA